AUGACAAGAGUUUAUGCUGUGAAGAAAAUCAAGAAACGCAGAUCGCGAUUUGGACCACAGCAAAACGGUCACGAAAAGGAGCUUUUAUGUCAUAGGAUAGCUUCAGGUCAUCGUAAUGUCCUCACCCUUCAUCACGUCAUUGACAGCGGCGAUGUAUUGUAUCUGGUCCUUGACUACCUCCCCGAGGGCGAUCUCCAAACUUCCUUGACAGAACACGGCUCGAUGUACAGGAGCCACCCCCAGCACAUCAAGCGCAUUUUUCUCCAGAUUCUGGAUGCUGUUCAGCAUUGCCAUGAUAAACGCGUGUAUCACCGGGAUCUUAAGCCUGAGAAUGUACUUCUGAAGGAUUUCGGGGCAACUGCCGUCCUUGCAGAUUUUGGUCUUAGUUCACGAAAAGCUUCCAGUGUUGAUUUCGAGAUAGGGAGUGAUUAUUACAUGAGUCCUGAGUGCUACGGGGAGUUGCACUGCUCCAAGCCCUACGCAUCUGUUCCCAAUGAUGUCUGGUCCUUGGGUGUUAUGCUCUUCUACAUGGUCAUAGGAUCCCCGCCUUGGACAGCUGCAAGAACGGGCUGUAAGUCCUUCCUGUCGUUCCUUUGCGAUCCCGAUUUCUUCCUUAGGAGGUAUCCGGUUAGUGCGGAGAUGAACCGCAUGCUCAUGCACGUCUUCGCGAUCGAUCCAACGCGACGAAUGUCGAUCGACCAACUUAGGGGAUACGUGCAGGGCAUCUCUCUGUUCACAGUCACUGAGUCUCAAGUUCGGCGGCUUCGAACAGUUAUGGCGCGGCCUCCACGAGCGACAGUUUGA